ACGUACGUACGUCAACAUCCGGUUGUAAAUAGAAAAAAGCCAAACACAGCACAGUCUCUAUAGAGGCUAACUUCGUAAUGUAAGGCGUGCGUGCGUACACUAUAGUUUACAUUUUGUAAUCCAGAACAAUUUGACAACAAUGCCAACACUUCAUUAUGACUUGCUGUAGCGCUGAACAUUGUACCAGUUCUUUGCAUUUGGAAGAAAUCACCUGAAAAUGAAUGACACCAGUUUCUCUACCCAGGCCUAUGUUGGUUGACUCAGUGAAUCAUGGACAGUAAAGAUACUUCUCCAUCAGCAUCUAAUGUAGCCAGUGAGAUUAUGGAGGACCAGUACUCCAGAAAAGUAGCAAGCAACCUCGGCCAUGAUUGGUUGAAGCAGAGCGAGGAACCAUUCGUUUCUUCAACCUGUGGUCAAGCUUUUCCUUCACUGAGUGAUCUUCGUGCACAUGAAAUGGUGCACACAGAUGAGAAACCAUUUGUUUGCGAGACCUGUGGGAAAGCCUUUACUGAACGAAGUCAUCUGCAACAACACAACAGGAUUCACACUGGUGAGAAACCAUUUGUUUGCGAGACCUGUGGGAAAGCCUUUGCUCAGAAAGGUAGUCUGCGUAAGCAUAGCAGGGUUCACACUGGUGAGAAACCAUUUGUUUGCGAGACCUGUGGGAAAGCCUUUACUUACCAAACCAGUCUGAACAGUCAUAAAAGGAUUCACACUGGUGAGAAACCAUUUGUUUGUGAGACCUGUGGUAAAGCCUUUGCUGACCAAACCAAUCUGAACAGACAUAAAAGGAUUCACACUGGUGAGAAACCAUUUGUUUGUGAGACCUGUGGUAAAGCCUUUACUCAACAAGGUAGUCUAGAUAUACAUGGCAGGGUUCACACUGGUGAGAAACCAUUCGUUUGUGAGACCUGUGGUAAAGCCUUUGCUGACCAAACCAAUCUGAACAGACAUAAAAGUAUUCACACUGGUGAGAAACCAUUUGUUUGUGAGACCUGCGGUAAAGCCUUUACUGAACAAAGUCAUCUGCAACGACACAACAGGAUUCACACUGGUGAGAAACCAUUUGUUUGUGAGAACUGUGGUAAAGCCUUUAUUAAUCAAAGUGAACUGCAACGACACAACAUGAUUCACACUGGUGAGAAACCAUUUGUUUGUGACACCUGUGGUAUAGCCUUUGCUCAGAAAGGUAGUCUGCGUAAGCAUAGCAGGGUUCACACUGGUGAGAAACCAUUGGUUUGUGAGACCUGUGGUAAAGCCUUUACUUGCAAAACCAGUCUGAACAGUCAUAAAAGGAUUCACACUGGUGAGAAACCAUUUGUUUGUGACACCUGUGGUAAAGCCUUUGCUCAGAAAGGUAGUCUGCGUAAGCAUAGCAGGGUUCACACUGGUGAGAGACCAUUUGUUUGUGAGACCUGUGGGAAAGCGUUUACUCAGCAAAGCCAAUUAAACAGACACAACAGGGCUCACACUGGUGAGAAACCAUUUGUUUGUGAGACCUGUGGUAAAGCCUUUACUGAACGAAGUCAUCUGCAACGACAUAACAGGGUUCACACUGGUGAGAAACCGUUUGUUUGUAAGACCUGUGGUAAAGCCUAUACUUUUCAAGGUAGUCUAAUAAUGCAUAGCACGGUUCACACCGGUGAAAAACCAUUUGUUUGUGAGACCUGUGGGAAAGCUUUUACUCAACAAGGUAGGCUAGAUAUUCAUAGCAGGGGUCACACUGGUGAGAAACCAUUUGUUUGUGAGACUUGUGGGAAAGCUUUUACUCUCCAAUCCAAUCUGAACAGACAUAAUAGAAUUCACACUGGUGAGAAACCGUUUGUUUGUGAGACCUGUGGGAAAGCCUUUGCUCAAAACUAUAUUCUGCGUUUCCAUAGCAUGAUUCAUACUGGUGAAAAACCAUUUGUUUGUGAAAACUGUGGUAAAGCCUUUGCUCAGAAAGCUUGUCUGCGUUCGCAUAGCAUGAUUCAUACUGGUAAGAGACCAUUUGUUUGUGAGACCUGUGGGAAAGCCUUUACUCAGCAAGGUAGUCUAAAUAUUCAUAGCAGGGUUCACACUAAUGAGAAACCAUUUGUUUGUGAGACCUGUGGUAAAGCAUUUACUCGGCGGGGCCAUCGAAACACACAUAGCAGGGUUCACACGGGUGAGAAACCAUUUGUUUGUGAGACCUGUGGUAAAGCCUUUAAUCGGCGAGGUAGUCUGCAUCUGCAUAGCAGGGUUCACACUGGUGAGAGACCAUUUGUUUGUGAGACCUGUGGGAAAGCCUUUACUCGGCAAGGUACUCUAGAUCGGCAUAGCACAGUUCACACUGGUGAGAAACCAUUUGUUUGUGAGACCUGUGGUAAAGCCUUUACUCAACAAGGUAGUCUAGAUAUUCAUAGCAGGGUUCACACUGGUGAGAAAACAUUCGUUUGUGAGACCUGUGGUAAAGCCUUUACUCAACAAGGUAGUCUAGAUAUGCAUGGCAGGAUUCACACUGGUGAGAAACCAUUCGUUUGUGAGACCUGUGGGAAAGCCUUUACUCAACAAGGUAGUCUAGAUUUGCAUGGCAGGGUUCACACUGGUGAGAAACCAUUUGUUUGUGAGACCUGUGGUAAAGCCUAUACUCUGCAAGGUAGUCUAGAUCGGCAUAGCACGGUUCACACUGGUGAGAAACCAUUUGUUUGUGAGACCUGUGGGAAAGCCUUUGCUGACCAAACCAAUCUGAAAAAACAUAAAAGGAUUCACACUGGUGAGAAACCAUUUGUUUGUGAGACCUGUGGGAAAGCCUUUGCUCACCAAACCAAUCUGAACAGACAUAAAAGGGUUCACACUGGUGAGAAACCGUUUGUUUGUGAGACCUGUGGGAAAGCCUUUGCUCAGCAAACUGAUCUAAAGAAUCAUGACACAGUGCACACUGGUGAGAAACCAUUUGUUUGUGAGACCUGUGGGAAAGCCGUUACUCAGCAAGGUUAUCUGCGUUUGCAUAGCAGGGUUCACACUGGUGAGAAACCAUUUGUUUGUGAGACCUGUGGGAAAGCCUUUACUCAGCAAGGUAGUCUGCGUUUGCAUAGCAGGGUUCACACUGGUGAGAAACCAUUUGUUUGUGAGACCUGUGGUAAAACCUUUACUCAAAAACAUAAUCUGCGUUUGCAUAGCAGGGUUCACACCGGUGAGUAACCAUUUGUUUGUGAGACCUGUGGUAAAGCCUUUACUCGGCAAGGUUCUCUACACAGACAUGAAAGGGUAGACACUGGUGAGUAGGCAUUCGUUUGGAAGUCCACCAGUGUAGCAUUUUCCUCAACCAAGUCAGAUGAAGACACAUAAACGGGUCUAGAUGGCGGAUGAUUAGCCAUUAUUGUAGAAAUAAUAAUAAGAAAUACAUUUGCAGGAUGCUUAAACUGUUACUGACCCUAACAGUCCUGAAUCCUCCAAUUUUCAUGUGAUUUCUCACACACCCUAGGGAGUUAAGGCCAAGUAGAAAAACAAACAGUGUCUUGUCCCUGCCUGCUUCCUUUUUUCCAGCUGCCUCUCAUUUUUUUUUUUAUCAAACAUUUGCCAUAUAAAUAUUUUCAUUUUUUUUAUUCUUCCUCCACUCAUUUUUUAGCAAUGUACAUGCAUGUAAUAAGCCAGUUCUGUAUUUCAACUGUGCAUGAGCUCAAAGAUAUGGGUCACGGUUUAUUCAGGAUAAUCGAACGUUUCAAAGGCGCAUGAACGCGGGCGCACGACGCUUGCGUGAUAGUCAUCUGCAGAAUGGGCGAGUGCGUAACAUCGCGUAACAUCACGUCAAUGAUGUUAUCCCGAAUGGGUCAUUGAAAUACCGAAGUGGCUUAUUAACAAUCUGUUAAAAAGCAUCACGGCUCAUUUAGCCACAAAAGUAUCAGAAAAAGAGUCAAGAAAGUAGAAGAAUCCAUCUUGAGAAAAAAAAGCUGUCAUCCGCCUUUGAAAAAGUAGAAAUCCUGACGAGAAACUAUAUGUUUUGUUUUUACUUGGCCUAAUGAGUUUUACUCUCGGUUUAAUGAUGAUCAUUGUUUGUCUGUGCAUUGUCUUUUAACAAAUACUGGUCGUAUGGAAUUUAAAUAGAAAAAAUAUAUGAGUAGCACUUGAAAUAUUGUCUUUUUAUUCUUAUUAAUUCUGAUACAUGUCUUACUGUAACUCCCUUGGACAUUGUUCACCCAAUUCUUCACUGUUCACAUGCAGUGGCGUAACUACUAGGGUCAAUUAUUCCUGGGGGGGGGGGGACCCUGGGGUGCAUCCAUUUUGCAAGGGGGCACUAAAGGCAAAUGACGUGUCAUUCCAACAGCGCUGUGUAAUUUUGGUUCAACUUAAGAUUUCAGAUGAUGUCAUAGGGUGUGUACUUACACAACUGAUUGUGCACAACAUCAUUGUUACCUAUGGUUUACUGUAACUUGUUUGCAUUUUUUGGAUGAAAGAGUUAUAGGGUCAUUGUGUUUAAAUGGUGAUAUAUUUUGAAUAUAUUUCGCUAUUUCAGUAAUUUUUAUCUACCAGUUUACGAGUCUCUGAGUUUCUUUCAAUGAGUGAUGCUUUUUAUAAGUUUGAAUGUUACUUUCUGGUGGCAGAAAAGAUCAAUAAAAAGAUUUUCAGUGACUUGUCAGAA